AUUCCUAACCUGCGCCCAUCCUGCAUAGUAUGAGCCUCUGAGACUUCCUCAGGUAGCCCGGUUUUCUGGUGUCUACUCGACUUCCAGCCGUAGGAUGUCGUUCACCUCGCUAUGGAGGGGCCUUGGAGGGCGUUCCCUACCUGCAGCGAUCUCAAGACCACCGUGCACACGAGCACUUCACCAGCGGAGUGUGUCGAAGGUUCUCUCCAGACUACCCACGAAAUCCAUCUUCGGAACAGGCAGUCGACCAUUGGGUGGUCUACUGCGACAGCCAAGUCUAUGGGCGCAAGGGAGGCACAUUACGCUCGCUCCGGUGCUCUCUCCUCCCCCGGUCGCAGGCUGGCUCAUCUUCUCCUCGGUUCUCGUCUUUGCUGUCAUCGUCGUGGGCGGUGUGACCCGCCUCACCGAGUCCGGUCUGAGCAUCACGGAAUGGCGGCCCAUCACCGGUGUUCUACCCCCUCUCUCACAAGCAGAAUGGGAAGUCGAAUUCACCAAGUACAAGGCAACUCCGGAGUUCAAGUUGCUGAACCACUCGAUCACGCUUGACGAGUUUAAGAACAUCUUCUACAUGGAAUGGGGACACCGCAUCCUCGGCCGUGCGCUCGGGUGGUACAUGGUCAAGUCCGGGCUGGAGGACUCGCUCAUGGACACUCCCGGUGCCGUCCCGCGCGUGUCGCAGUACAGGCUCGCGGCGCACCUCGGGACGGCGUUCAACUCGCACGUGAAGCGGUUCGCCCGGUGUUCGAAGCUGCUCACUGGGUUGGUCUUCCUCACGGCGCUCUCAGGUAAGCGGGGCUUUUGUGCGGGGCUGGACGCUGGUCUUCUCUACAACGAGUUCCCGCUCAUGGGCGGACGCAUCGCGCCUCCGGCGGACGAGCUGUUCUCAACGGCAUACGCCAAGAGCCCCGACGGCUCAGACUUAUGGUGGCGUAACAUCUUCGAGAAUCCCACUACCGUGCAAUUCAACCACAGAUGCUUGGCGAUCACGACCUACACUGCAACCACGGCCCUGUACGCCCUGAGCCGGAGCUCGGCGUACAAGGCUAUCCUCCCGCCGCUCGUCAAGCGCAUGAUGGUGUCGGCCUUCGCGAUGGCGAACGUUCAGGUCCUGCUCGGCAUUAGUACUCUACUCUACCUCGUUCCGGUGCCCUUAGCUGCUGCGCACCAAGCAGGGAGCGUGCUGCUCCUAACGACGAUGGUCCAGUUGCUGGUGUCGUUGAGGAAACCGGGUGCAGCGGCGCGUGCGUGGAGGCAGGCAUUGUUCGCAGCGAAGGGCGCGAAAGGCGCGAAAGCGCCAUAGGGUCAUACUCACAGGUUUACCGGGUAGAUCGUCGUAUUUAUUCGUCAGCGGCACCUCGCGUCGUAGUGUACUCAUC